AACAUAGAGUACAGAUACCAGGUGGGAAAUUCACAACGAGAAAAUAACAUCGAUACGCAUGAUACACAGAGAUAAAUCAAGGGAGAAAGCAAGAAACGCGAGAAAAGAGGAACGGUCAAAGAUGGCAGCGAGUGCACUCGAGGAGAAGAUUAAUAAGAUAAGGCAACAGAAUGAAGAAAUUAGAAGGCGGCAUGAAGAAGUGGAGGAGGAUAAAAAAAAUGCGGCCAAAUUGAAUGCGUUGGUGCAAAUGGUACCAUCUACAGAUUGGCCGGAGAGGAAAGAGCCACCGGAAUUCUCUAAUCCACCUCGACCGAGUAACAAAUCGAAACCUGCCAAGGAACACCAUGAACACCCUCAUUCAUAUCACGCGAGUGGUGAGGGACGAAAAGUUCAUACUUUUGCUCAGGGGCAAGGACCUCCACCUGAUCCUAAAUAUAACUUUCUUGCUGACGCCGAGAGAGAGGAAAGCAAUGUAGAAAAUACAAAGGACAAUCCUCCAAAUAGGGGACAUAAAUAUUCCAGGGGUACAUUUAGGAGGAAAUCUGGUGGAAAGGAUGGAAUGCAAAGAGAUUAUAGAACAAACAGAGGAUCACAUAGAGAUGAGCACCAGCCAGAAUAUGAGGCUUGGAGAGCUGAGAGAAACCGUAUUGAUGAAGAUCGCAUUAGUAGACAGAGAACUGCAGAGGGUAAUUGGCGUAGAGAAUGGGAUAAUGACAAAGCACAUAUUGUGGAUGAGGUAAUGAGAUCUGAGGCUAAACUUGGGGAUUAUGUAAAGAAAGAUCAUAAAGAUUUUGAGAGAAGAUACCACGCUAAUGGAAAUGAUUAUAUAAGCCAUAAUCGCGGUGGUCAUCGUUCCUACCGAGGAAAUUCGAGACAUUUUCAUAAUAAUUAUGAAAAUUGUUCCAACAAUACUUAUCAUCAAGAUGGACAUGGUAAAAAUCCUUCCGCUUCAGAAAAGAGAACUGUCGUUGCUACCGACAAGAGCAUAAAGGUUACGCUGAAUCAAGGAAAUGCGACCAAAGGUCCAGUCAUGAGUGUCAAAGUAAACUCGCCAAGUAUUGCUGGUACGGGACGAGUCGGGCCGCGACAAAGGAGUCGUGUAACAUACAGCAGUCAUUCGGAUGUUGAAGUAGCUUCCCCUGAAGUUGAGUCUUUCUCACGUCCAAAGUCGUAUGAAGACAAAAACAAAGGUAUUUAUCAUGAAAAUCAGCAAAAAUCCUCUAGUUCUCGAAAAUCGCAACUUCCACAAAAAAAGGACUUUAGCAAUAAAUCUCCUUACCUGCGCAAAAAAGAGAUUCGAAGAGAAGAUGAGAGCCUACAGAAAUAUCACGAAGCAGAUUCGUCACAAAAAGAACACAAAGAAUCACAAAAGUCCUAUGAAUCUAAACUUCAAAAGCCUGAAGAGAAUACUGCAAAAUCAAGUGAUAAGACUCUGACGAUUGCAAAUAAAACAGAAAAUCCAAUUUCUUCUGGAGAAUCUGAUAUGAAUAAUACAGAAAUCAAAAAGGAUGAUCAAAAUGAUAAUUUGAAUUCGUACAUAAAUGAAAAUAAUGAAGUUCAAGCAAAUGAGGAACAUGAGCUUGUUUUGAAAAAUUUAGAUGUUCCUAUGUCUAAAGUCGAUACGGAAAUUGAAAUAUGUGAAAAAAGUAAAAAGAUUGAAGAAGACACAUUGGAGUCAUUAAAUGUUCAAUUGAUAGAGAGCACAUUUGAGUGCGAAAUUACUAAAACAGAUGUAACUAUAUCAUCGACAAACGAUGAUAAAAAUGAGAUUAAAUAUAUGAAAAACUCGUCAUGUAAUGCUAAUGGAAAUAUUAAGGAAACUGUAAUAAAAAACAAAGAUCAUAAUUCAAAGCAGGCUAACGAAAUUUUAAAUGAUAACUGUGAUAAUAAGCAAAUUAAAGAUAUAAGUGAGCAAGAAAAUGAUGUUGAACAUGAGACAAAAAGCUCUUUAGAAAAUAAAGAAGUAAAUAGUGUUAUAAUUUCAUCUUCAGCUGAUGUAGAUUGCAUAGCAGAAAAAAGUAAAUUAGAAAACGAAGCCCUAAAGGAAAAAGAAAUUUCAGAUACCAUAGAUACUGAAAUUACUAUUGUAGAUGAAAAGAUAGAUACUGUUGAUAAACAGGAUGUAAAAUGCAUUAAUGAACUUCAAGAAUACACAGCUAAUAUUGAAAAAGAGAAUGGUACUACAAAUAGCAUUGUAGUUGAUAAGAUAGAAUCUCUUAAUGAAGAUUUACAAACAGAAGAUAAAAAGGCAGCUUCAAAUGAUACGAUCGAAAAUGAAAAAUGAAAAA